GUUCAAAUACACUCCGCUUAUCUUAAAAUGAAUGGAGAACUUUGAAUUUUGCAAUGAUAGGACGCGCUUUUCUUCCCCUCAAUUUUUUUUUUUCUUUUUACCUUGUUCAUACAUGUGAAUAAGCAUCUACAGAUACACAUCUAAGCAUGGCAAAUUUUAAUCUUUCAGACCUAACCGAUAUUGAUACAAUACCUGAAUUUAUAGUCGACGAAUCAACAACAAAAAUUGAGGAAUUUUGCACAAAUGACUCCUUCGAUGCCUCUGCAAAUUAUUUAAAUACUUUACUUACAAGCUAUGGAUACCCAGUGCCACUAAUAUUUGAUUCCGAUGACAUCAAGCAUAAAUGUAAAAUUGUCAACUGCAUAUAUAGCUUAAUGAACGACAAAAAAAAAGAUGACCAAGAAAAACAAGAGUAUCGAAGAAUGAUAAAUGAAAUGAAGAAGCAGCAGCAAGAAAUUGAACAAAAGCUAGCAAGCUGUGAACGUGAUUUGAAAUCAAAGCAAAACCGUGAAAAAGAGUUAGAAGCAAAAUUAUAUGCAUCUGAAGCAACUGUCAAAAAACAGAACACAGAGAUAAUCAGAUCUAAAGAGGAAGUGACGAGAAUUAAACAUAAUAUACAAUAUUUAAGGACACAAUUUGAGCAUGAAACACGGAGACACGAGCAAGAAUUUAGCAAAACUCAAGAACGAUUAUUAAAGUUGAUGCAUGAUCACUAUAAAGUGAAUGUUGCUUAUCUACACGUCAAUCAAAUCAAUUUUGAGGCAGAAAAUGAUCAGCAUGAUCACGUUCAACAAUUACACGAAACUUAUACCCAGUUAUCCAAUGAAUUGACCCGACGAGAAGCAGAUGUCCGACAAGAAGCUCUCGAAUUAAGAAAUGCUUUAAUAGAAUUCUAUACAGAAUUACGACGGUUUUUAGAACAACAAAUAGAAACAAGUAAUAGCAAAAUCGAGAACAGACAGUUAACGAAAAGUCAUGAACCGCUUAAAAAUGUGUAUGAAGAAACAGUAAAAUUUCGUCUACCUAUGGAUUGUGGUGGCCAGGAAGCAGUCAAAAUGAUACAUGAUUUGCUGGGAAGAUUGAAAGAAGAAUGGCAACUUCACUUACAACAAAGGCCUACAAUCUAUACUGAUGAAGAUAUGAAGGACAAGUUGGAUCAAAUAAAAAUUUUAGAACAAACAGUCCAGGAUCUAUUAGAAACUUUGGACAGAACAAAUGUGGACUACGAAGAGAAAAUAAAGAUAUACAGGAAGUUUGAGCAGGGAGGGUUCUUUGAUAAUCUUUGUUCAACAGCAGUACAUCCUGGCUGGAACACUAAUGAGCAAUCAGACUCGGAAGAUUCUAUAAUCGAUUUGGAUCCAACAAUAGAGUUCAAACAUGCGCAAAUUUUGAAGCAAUCGAAAAAAAGUCAGCAAAAAAUAACAGAAGCAGCCUUGAAAUUAGCACUGGAAAGAGAUAAGUUAGAGGUAAAAAAGACAAAAAAUUUAUAUUAGGUGCGUUUUGAUGAAAUCUAACAAAAGUUUUAGGCUGAACGAUGGGCCUUUGAAGAAAUGAAAAGAGAGCUUCAAAUGAAUGAAAUAUUGACCGAUUUGAACGCAAAUAAAAGUAGUCAUUCAACACCAACACA